AUGCAUUUCAUAUAAGAAUAAAGUAUAUUAGAGCUUCUAAAAUGCCUCCGCAACCUCAAACUCUCAAGGAAGUCAAUGUACUACUUUUAUUCCAAUAUACUUUAAAGAGAGAAUUGUUUCUUAUUAGAGAUUCACAAGUUGGACUGG